GCUCGUAUGUUCCCGAUCAAUUGAUUGGUCUUGGUAAUAUCAAUAUCCCGAUCCGUAAGCAACGGAGCAAGGUCCUUGACGCUCUGCCUUUCCCGCUUCUCUUUUUCAGGAUGGCUCCUUCUCUCACGAAGGAUUGCAUGCACCCACGAGCUGGAGCUGUCAAAGGGCGCAGCAGUCGCGUUUUCAGGCAGAGAUGACCUUGUGUAUCUUCCACGAGGCUUGUCUGCGCCACUUUCGAGGACCAUUUUCUUAAGCAUGCAUUAAACAGUGCUCCCACUGCUUCCAAGCACUCGUUCCGCCGUGAACCCCAUUCUCUACACAGAACAUCAACAUACCAUAAGAUCACUUAGCCAUAAAUGGCUGGCUUUACCUGGAUCCGGCUACAUCUCAAUCCAUGGGCAAAUGUGUCAAAAUUCGAAGAUGUAUCGCCUACCGACAGACGACAGUACAUUCUUGACAGUCUCGAACACUCAAGACGAAGAGAAUGGCUGUGGGUUGUCGUUGUUGCUGGAGUCGGGUUCUUGACUGAUGCGUACAACAUCUUCUCCAUCAAUCUUGUCAUGCCUAUGAUAGGACAUAUCUACUAUUCAAACAAUAUCGUACCUCGCGAGUACCAAGUAGCCAUCAACGUCGCGACUCUGGGAGGAAGUAUACUAGGUCAACUAGGUUUCGGCAUUGCAGGAGACUGGUUGGGUCGAAGGAAGGCGUAUGGUCUUGAACUCAUCAUCACAGUAGCUGCAGCUCUAGGCUCUGCUAUGGCCUCCAACGGCAUGAAUGGAUCUAUGUCAUUGAUCGGAUGGCUUAUCUUCUGGCGCCUUAUCAUGGGCAUCGGCAUCGGUGCUGACUACCCGCUGAGUGCUAUUUUAUGCUCAGAAAUGGCUCCUACUAGGCUUCGUGGCAGAAUGUUGACAGCAGUCUUCAUGUGCCAACCUCUGGGACAGCUUCUCGCGACAUUGGUCCCGUUGAUCGCAAUUUAUGCUGCGCGCGAACAUCUUCCGCAGACGACAGCAGAGACUUGCGAUGCUCAUUGCUUGAAGACCCUUGAUAUCAUUUGGCGUCUGGUUCUGGGACUUGGGGCCGUACCUGCCGCAGCCUCGCUCUGGUUCCGCCUCACCAUUAUUGAAAGUCCGAGAUAUACCGUUGAUAUCGUGCGAGACGAUCAUCAAGCAGCUAUCGAUGUCAAUCGCUACUUUUACUCCGGCGACCAUAUCUCGACAAGAAGCUUCGAUCCAUCUCAGCACGACCAUGACGAUGAGAUUCACGUGGAAGGCACAAAUGAAUCGAUUCAUCCUAUGUCUAUCAUGGAGCCAGACGAAGUAUCUCGACCGCCUCAGGCCUCUUGGUCAGAUAUCGUAGACUACUUCUGGCAUCAAGGAAACUAUCGCACCCUGGUUGCUACCUCACUAACUUGGCUGUCGCUCGAUCUCGCGUUCUACGGGCUAGGGAUGAAUGACUACACAACUCUCGAACUUAUAUGGAGCAACAAUCUCACUCAAACGGAACCAUUGUAUCAAGCUCUUCUAGCCAACGCUUGGCAAAGCCUUUUGAUCGUGUCUCUAGGAGCAAUCAUCGGCAACAUCCUCACCAUGAUCUCGAUCAAUCGCUUAGGCCGACGCAUGAUCCAAAUUAAUGGUUUCUUCUGGCUUUUCGUCUUGUUCCUUGUAAUCGGUACAAGUUAUCGCAAGUUGAUGGAUACGCAAAGGUCUUCGGUAUUGGUGGUGUUGUAUAUCUUGACACAAAUCUUUUUCAACUUUGGACCCAACACUACAACCUACAUCAUUCCUGCAGAAGUAUUUCCAACCCGCUACAGAUGCACUGCCCACGGUAUCAGUGCUGCUUUCGGCAAACUCGGAGCCGUGCUGUCGCAAUGCAUUUUGGGCUGGAUCACAGGCAGUAUCAAGGAUAACAAGACAUAUCUGCUCGUGUUCUCGGCAUUCAUGCUCGUAGGGCUUGUGAUGACGGUCUAUUGGAUCCCGCACUCGCGUGACAAGAAUGGGCAAACUUUGACGCUUGAGGAAUUAGCUAGAGGUCGUGCUGCCAAGUCGGAGUAGAGAAGACAUGGGACUAACGUGCUUGUUUUUGUGAUGUUUCUUCUUCAU